CUCGAGACCAGCACCCAUCUUACCUACCUAUCGCAAGCAGACGACAAUGCGCUGGGUAUCAGCUGCACUACUCGCUUUCGCCGGUUUUGCGAGCGCGCAGUACUAUCUGACUGCCUGCGCCUACGAAUGCGCGAUCACCAGCUGUGAGGGCGAGAAGGCCGACUGCGUUUGCGGACACAAAAGUACCGACAUCGACUCGUGCAUCUCCGCGGUGUGCGCGGCGGGGUUGGAGCAGGCUGAGGCGCGGGAGUCGGUGAAGAAGUUCUGUAGGAGGUGAUGGGACGUGGACAUGCAGAAAGGAGGAGAGACGGGGAGAAAAGGUGCAGAGUUUGUCGAUGCGUCGAUGUGUGUAAUCAUGGAGGAGCGAGUGGCUAGUACUGCGCACGGAUAAUGGAGAAGCGUUUAGCGAAUUUAAUAAAGAGAAAUCACUUA